UCUGCAGAAUAUAUAUAAAUAUAGGAUACACUGUACGUAUGUCAUCAUUAUGUGCUUUCUUAGAUUGACAUUUAUAAUAGAGAUAGUUUAGAUAGAUACUACUCUCUGUCUGUCUCUUUGUGUCUCUUUUUUAUGCUUUUUGCUUAGGUUCUCUGAAGAUCUUUGCCUCUGCUUUCAUUCAUGGCGGCAAGUCCAGAUCGUACAGCUGGUGUGCACGCGUGGAUUUGUGCGCACAUAUUUAUAGCUUCAAGUUGUCCUAUGCCCGAAUUUAGCUUUGGUUGGUCAAUAAUUUGUACUGCCUGUGUUUCUAAGACUCUACUAAGUCACUGAGCAUACUGAUCAUGGAUGCAGAAGAGAAACCUGCCGAACCAGAUAGCAAGAAGGAACAGCCUCAUUCUGUGAAAAGUGAGAGGCCAGUUUCUCCUAAUGCUUCCCAGGAUGCUACUGCUAUAGUCCAUCCAAGGGAUGCUGCUGCUCAAGUUGGAUCUUUGGCUUCAGGUGGAGAUCACUCUGUUUACCCACCAAAUGUCUAUGCUCCCCAAGCUCAGCCCUUCUACUAUCGAGGUUAUGACAAUGCCAGUGGUGAAUGGGAUGAAUAUCCUCCAUAUGUCAAUGCCGAGGGACUGGAAAUCGGAUCUCCUGGUGUCUACAAUGAUAAUCCUUCUCUUCUGUUCCAUUCUGGAUAUGGCUACAAUCCACAAAUGCCAUAUGGACCAUAUUCCCCGGUCACAACACCUUUGCCUUCUGUAGGUGGAGAUGCACAGUUAUACUCCCCCCAGCAAUUUCCAUUCUCCGGGCCACCUUAUUACCAGCAGUUAGUUCCUCAUAGCAUGCCAUAUCUUACUUCACCAACUCAAGUUUCACAGCCAGAGCUUGCCAGCUUAGUAAGCCUUGAUCAACAAGGCGAUAGCAUGGUUUUUGGACAAAGGCCUGGUUAUCCUCCUGUGGGAUCCUUUGGUAGAGCCAAUUUUCCUGGAAGUCCUGGUGGUCUGAAUUUUCAUGAUGCUCAGCAUGGUAUUGAUGGGUUAAGAUCUGGAGGAAUUUGGUCAGAUUGGUCUAAACCUUCAGACAGGCAGAGGUCUUUGAUGCCAUUCUCACCAGCAGUAUCACCACAGCCUAUUGGCCCUCAUGGCUCAUUUGGACAGAAUAUUGGAAUGCCCUCUCAACAGCAAAGAUCAUUGUAUGGGUUUGGAUCUGGUUCAAACUCCUAUAAUAGAGGUUAUUUGCCCAGUGGUUUCAAUCAGGGCUCAAGCUUUGGGAGUGCAUCCAUUUCCAGUUUGGGAUCAAAUGGUCGAAGCUGGCUUUCACUUGAAAAUAGCAGAAGACAUCUCAGGGGCAGUGCUUCUCUGUGCAGUUGUAAUGGUACUCCUGAUAUCCUUAGUGAGCAGAAUCGAGGACCAAGAGCCUCAAAGCCAAAGAGUCAAAUUACAGCUGACAAUAAUUCUUCUGUUGACAAUAAUAAGCUUAGCCUCAAGCUCCAUGACGGUUUAUACAACAGGCCAGAUUUUGUCACAGAGUACAAGGAUGCUAAGUUCUUCAUCAUUAAAUCUUACAGUGAAGAUAAUGUUCACAAGAGUAUAAAAUAUAGUGUUUGGGCCAGUACACCAAAUGGGAAUAGAAAAUUAGAUGCUGCUUAUCGUGAAGCUAAGGAGAAGCAAGAUACUUGCACAGUCUUUCUAUUCUUUUCGGUGAAUGCCAGUGCUCAGUUCUGUGGGGUGGCUGAAAUGGUUGGACCUGUCGAUUUUGACAAGAGUGUAACUUACUGGCAGCAAGAUAAAUGGAGUGGGCAGUUUCCUGUCAAAUGGCAUAUAAUCAAAGAUGUCCCUAAUAGUCAGUUUCGUCACAUUGUACUUGAAAACAAUGACAACAAGCCUGUAACUAACAGUCGAGACACCCAGGAGGUGAGAUUGGAGCAGGGUAUUGAGAUGUUGAAUAUUUUCAAGAAUUAUGAAACUGAUAUGUCCAUUCUGGAUGAUUUUGAUUACUAUGAAGAGCGGCAGAAAGCCAUGCAAGAAAGGAAGGCCAGACAGCAAGCUGGCCUGAUGGCUGUCGGAGUAGUUGGAGACAAUGAGCACAGAAAUGCUGUUGCUUUAUCCGGUGAUUUCAUCAAGCAGAUGUCAAAGAGUUUUGCUCAAGUUGUUCGAAUGGAGGAGGGUAGUAAAGAAGUCCCCCUCACGGAGCGAGCUACUUCUGCCUCAGAUGGCUCAAUGGGUGCCAGAGUCUUACUUGAAGAUUCUCUUCCAGCAGUCGUCUCUUCUGCUCAUGCCAGUUAGGACAGCGUAUUAGCGCUGGGAACUUUUCGGUGGGCUUACUGUAUGUGAUUAAAGACUUGGAUUCUACUCCUUUAGUGCCAAAAUUAUUUUGUUAGAUCAGGUUUUGCUGAUAUCUGAAUGCAAAAGUUCUUACAAGUUUAGUGAAGCCGAUAGGCUUCCUGUAUGAUAUGUCCCUUCUGAGUGCUUCUUAUCAAUUGUAGUCCUCGGUUUUCCAUUUUCUGUCAUAAGCUCUUCUUUUUUGGGUGAGAGUAUUCAUGUUAAGAUACUGAUGCUUUUUAUUUGUAAAGUUCCCCAUCUUUGCAGGCACUUCAAACAAAAGCAAUGUAGUAAAAGACCUCAAAAGAAACACUUUAAAGUAUCAUGUAUGACUGUUUUAUUUAA